AUGGAUGACGAUGUUGAAAAGGAAUUAGAGAGUUUAUUUGGCGACGUUUCGAAUACUGACGAUCCAACUUACCGCUUGCCGGAAUACUCCCAUCAGCUUGAAAACGAAGAUUCUAAUGGACUUGUUACAUUACAAGAUUUACUUGGAAAUAAAGAAAAUGAAAGUGUUCAGUAUUUUGAUAUUCAAGAAAUACAGAACAAUAUUGAAAUUAUUGAGCAAAAUAAAGUCCAAUAUCACGAAUCAAUGGUCGUAGUUGAAGAGAUUUUGACUGAGCUGUUCAAAAAAUCUUGGUUACUUAUUGAACCGUCAAAGAGGUGGCGAAAAUCGAAUCCAAACAACUGGGCUCGUAAUGUGGCUAAAAAGAGACGAGCAGAUGGUCUGCCUUACCAAAUCAAAGCGAAAUCCAGGCCUGCUAAGGUGCCUAAAAACAUUGAUUGUUCUUCAUGUCAAUAUAAGUGCCGUGAUGCUUUCGAUAUGACGACUAGAGAUAGUAUUUGCAGAUAUUUUUGCAAUUUAGACUUUCAGGGCAGAAAGAAUUUUAAUUUAUCUAACGUUACCAUUCAACAACCAAAACGAAUUCUCUCUGUACGCAAUCGACAACGACCAGAAAAGAAAUAUACAAAAAAUUGUUUUUUUACUAAACAAAGUGAUAAAAUUCAAGUAUAUCAGAAGUUUUUUUGUCGUACUUUGAGUAUCUCCCCUGCAGUAAUAACUGAUACAAUACAGAAACGAAACGAUCUAAACUGUUUUGAUGCGAAAGAUCGUAGAGGAGCACACGAGCCGGUCAAUAAAACGAAACCUGACAUUAUUCAAGGGAUAAGAAAACAUAUUGAGUCAUUUCCAUGUAUGGCUGCCCAUUACAGUAGAAAAGAUACUCAACGCAGAUAUUUAGGUAAAAAUCUUAAUAUUCGAAAGAUGCAUUUAUUAUACAGAGAUGAAUGUUUAAAAAAUGGUUCUGAGCCAGCAUCAGAAAUAACCUAUCGCAGAAUCUUCUCAAAGGAAUAUAAUCUUAGUUUUUUUGUACCCAGGAAAGACCAAUUCUUAGUUUGCACUAAUUAUGCUCAAGCUGAAACAGAGAAGAAAAGAGAACUUGAAGAUGCUCAUAACACGACUCUACAAAAAAAUUUUCGUUCUUUGUCC